GCCGAGGUGCGCUACAUCUCUCCCAAGCACCGACUCAUCAAAGUGGAGAGCGCCGCCGCGGGCGGGACCGGGGACCCUCCAGGGGCGUCCUGUUCGGGUGGCCGCACCUGGAGCCCGACAGCCAGCGGAAGCAAGAAACUGCUCAACAAGUGUGCCACCUCGGCCGCGGAGGAGAGCGGGGCCGGCAAGAAGGACAAGGUGACCAUAGCCGAUGACUACUCUGAUCCCUUUGAUGCCAAGAAUGACCUCAAGAGCAAAGCAGGAAAGGGGGAGAGUGCUGGCUACAUGGAGCCCUAUGAGGCCCAGAGGAUCAUGACAGAAUUCCAGAGACAGGAAAGCAUCCGGUCCCAACACAAGGGCAUCCAGUUAUACGACACCCCUUACGAACCUGAAGGCCAAAGCAUCGACUCUGACUCGGAGAGCACAGUCAGCCCCCGAAUGCGGGAAAGCAAGCUGCCCCAGGAUGAUGACAGGCCUGCUGAUGAAUAUGACCAGCCGUGGGAAUGGAAUAGAGUCACCAUCCCCGCCUUGGCAGCCCAGUUCAAUGGCAAUGAGAAACGGCAGUCAUCCCCCUCACCUUCGCGGGACCGGCGGCGCCAGCUUCGUGCUCCUGGAGGGGGCUUCAAGCCUAUCAAGCACGGGAGCCCCGAGUUCUGUGGGAUCCUGGGAGAAAGAGUGGAUCCUGCUGUCCCACUGGAGAAGCAAAUAUGGUAUCAUGGAGCCAUCAGCAGAGGAGAUGCCGAGAACCUGCUGCGCCUCUGCAAGGAGUGUAGCUACCUCGUGCGGAAUAGCCAGACCAGCAAGCACGACUACUCCCUGUCACUGAAGAGCAACCAGGGCUUUAUGCACAUGAAACUGGCCAAAACCAAAGAGAAAUACAUUCUGGGUCAGAACAGCCCCCCAUUCGACAGUGUCCCAGAGGUCAUCCACUACUACACCACCAGAAAGCUACCCAUCAAAGGAGCUGAGCACUUGUCCCUCCUGUAUCCGGUGGCCGUGCGGACCCUGUGAAGGGACCAGUCCCUCCCUGCUCUGUGACGGAGCCCAAGACUUGGAGAAGCCGGCAGGGCACCGACGAGCCCCACCACUUUGCCAGCCGUGUCCAGUUUGUGUCGUGUGUAUGGUACUAGCACACCACUGCAUGUCUUAGAGUGCUGUUGCCACUGACUGGGGCUGGAGAAGGCCUGGAUGGAGGCUGAGGGAAGGCCACCACACCACCCCAGUCCCCACCCCUACCCCUCCUAGAAUUUCUGUGAAUUAAAUAUUUGCAAUCCAAAGAGAUGCCUUACAGGGUGAACAAAGGCGGCAGCAGUGGGGCUGGAGCUCCCUGGCUGCAUCUCUUUGUUCUCCAGCUGUCAGGAACUCACACCUGUGUACUGCAAAGUUUCCCUCCCACCUGCCGGUGCUGGGAGCCCAGGGGGGCCGGCUGCCCCUCUGGUGUGGAGUUUCUGUGAGUGUGCGCUUGAGCACAGAUGCAAGUGAGAGUAUGGUCACACACACACACGUAAGCCCCUCUACUUUUAGUUGCUCAGUGUAAUCAUUAGAUCUUCAAGGUAUUGUGCGGUCAAAAAGAGGAUGCAAUUAUUUAUGAAUAGGGUGUGUAAAUAAAAUAGUCAUUUAAUAUAUAU